AUGAAAGUUACUGCGCAGGAUGUUUUACGGUAUGCUCCAAACAAAGUUGGGUAUUUACGAGUUUUAACGAUGUUUAUAUCAUGUUUUUUAAUGAAGAGCCAUCCGGCAUGGACAUCUCUGGUCUAUGGAGUGUCUUGCAUCUUAGAUGCGCUUGACGGCACUCUUGCUCGCAAGUAUGGACAAACCAGCAAGUUUGGUGCUGUUUUAGAUAUGGUAACUGAUAGAUCAACCACAAAUGCGAUGAUUUGUUUCCUAUGUUGGUCAUACCCAAGAUGGAUGCCGGUUUUCCAGUUGUUGGUAGCGCUGGAUUUAUCGAGCCAUUACAUGCAUAUGUAUGCUUCAUUAUCAUGUGGAGAGGAAUCACAUAAAAGAAUUGAGAAGAAUCAAUGGUUAUUGCAUUUGUAUUAUUCUCGGAGAGACGUUUUAUUUGCUAUAUGUUUUUUUAACGAGCUGUUCUACGUUGGUGUAUACCUGGCUUCUUUCCCUCAAUUAUGGUAUAUUUCAAUUCCAUUCAUCUCUAAACCUGUCCAUUUUGGUACCUUGAUUGCUUUACUGUGUUUGCCGGGCUACGUGUUCAAACAAAUUUCCAAUGUAUUGCAGUUGAAGAGAGCAGUGUUGGUUCUUGCUGAUUUAGAUGCUAAAACUGCCACUGAACUCGCUAAUAAAGAAACUUUAAAAAAAAAAUAG